UGACGCUGCCUAUAAGUAGACGCUGCCCCCACAGUGCUGCUGCCAACUUCACCCUCUUCUGGUACCGCCACACUGGAUAGCAAGGCUGCACUCCGCUGCCUCUGCAGUGGCCGGCCGACAUGUCGGACGAAUCGAGGAUUGUCCCCCGGGAGCAGCUCCCGUCGAACGGCCUCCACCCGCUGCCGAUGCCGGUGAUCAACCUGGGCCACCUCACCCUUGAGCCCGCAAUACGAGCUCGCGUGGUCCGAGAUAUCGCCAAGGCGUGCCAGGAUCUCGGGAACUUCCAGGUUAUAAACCAUGGGGUCAGCCAAUCUGUCAUGGAUGGUGCUGUUGAAGCAGCUUCAGAUUUCUUCAAACUGCCAAGUGAGAUAAAGGAAGAGUUUGCAUCAGAGGACAUCCGACAGCCUGUCAGAUACCACACCAGCUCAAAGGAUGGCAUUAGUUUGUCACGGGCAUUACUAAAGUUAUAUGCCCACCCCCUCAGUGAUUGGAUGCAAUAUUGGCCAGAAAAGCCACCAAUCUACAGGGAUUGUAUGGGAAAUUUUGCAGUUGAAGUAAGGAGGGUGGCUUUGCAACUAAUGGGAGCCAUACUUGAAGGCCUAGGAUUGGGUAAGGAUUAUGAGCAUGACAAAUUUGAGGAAGGAUUGCAGCUGUUGUCAGUGAAUCGCUACCCAAAAGAAUCAGAAGGUGAUUCGACGAUAGGGCUGGCAGCACAUUCUGAUUAUGGAUUUCUUACCAUUUUGCUCGCAAGCUCUCAGGGUCUGGAGGUUGUUGACCGCAACAGCGACAGUUGGAAGGUGGUUCCGCAACUCCCACAUGCAUUGCAUGUCCACGUAGGAGACCCCAUGGAAGUUCUGAGCAACGGCAAAAUCAAGACUGUUGUGCACCGUGCUGUUCUGAAUCCUAAAGAAGCCAGGGUCUCCAUAGCUAGCAUUCAUGGUUUUGCACUUGACGAGAAAGUCUCCAGUGCCAAAGAGCUGGUAAAUGAGCAAAAUCCUGAAAAGUACAACGAGAGCAGUUUUAGUGACUUCCUAGAUCAUCUCACGAGCAAUAUGGACAAGAAGCCCAGGAACUUUCUAGAGAGCCUUAGGAAGUGAUCUUAAGUUACUGAAAUUGUUUUGUGUUGUCAUGUUGUUUUUCUCUUUCAUCCCACUAAAAGAUACUCCCUCUGUAAACUAAUAUAAGAGUGUUUAGAUCACUACGAGGGAGUAAUGAGUCUGUAUAUUAGGUAAAGAAAAAAUCACGCUGUAAAAUUUAUCCAGUAAGGCGUGUUAA